AUGAAUAUAAUUCAAAAAUCACUAUAAGGUCAAACAAAGUUUAGCAGAUUUUUGAAAGUAAAGUAAUUUAAGUAUGAAUUGAAACGCUAUUUUUGAUCUAAUCCAAAUAUAGUGAAUUUAAUAUAUAACACAUGUAACAUGUAGAAUUUCUAAUUAGAUUGAAGAAUAAGAAGGAGCAUAUAUGUUAAUUUUGGCAGAGAACUUCUAGCUUUUAAGGGAAAUCAAGUAAUUAUUCUUUUCUAUUCAAACAAUAUAAUUGCCUCUCAAACUUAUUUUAAUUUUUAAUCAUACAUUUUUUUUGCACCCCCGGUCAUUUUUUUAUCUGGAUUUUUAAGGUAAAUAAACAAAAAAUAAUAAUUAAAAUAAUUUGUUUUCAAAAGAAUCUCUCAUACUCUAGAAAUCGUUAUUGCAGCCAUGACGACCUUUUGUGUAUUACUAAAUAAUAAUUUUUGAAAUCUAGCAAAUCGAUGAUGUUUUUUAAGUCCAUUUAACUUCAGAUUAAGCAAGAGUGAUUGCAAAGAGAUUACCCCCUGGGUUUAGCAUUAAUUUAAGCAGAUAAUCGAAAAGAGAUGUUAAAGUUUACUAAUCAAAUUAUAAAAUUUUAGAAAUUUUAAUAGGAUAUUUCAUCAGAUGAGGAGAAUAAAGUUACAAAAAAAACAUACGUCGCACCUUAUAGAGCUGAAAAUACUGAUGAAAUGAAAAGAUGCUUAACAUUACUUUAAAAAUUAAAAAAACAUUAGUUAGCAGCUCCAUUUUUAAGGAAAUUAGAAAAUGUCAAUUAUCCUUAAGAAUUGGAAUACGUUGACUUAUAAAUUGUUGAAUAGAAUCUCAAAAACAGUACUUAAGAAUUCCAAUUAUUAAUUAGAUGAAUAUCUUACUGCCACGUAAUUUUGGGGUGAUAUAAAGAAAAUUUGGUAAAUGUCCUAUGCCAUGAAUAACAAAGGAACCUAACUUUAUGCUAUGACUCAAGAGUUAGAACAACAUUUCAAUGAGUUAUACAAGGAAAUAGACAAACCUUAUCAACCAAAGCAAGUUGUUGAGCAACCACCAAAACAAGAGAAAUAGAAAAAGCCUCCUGCCAUCUAAUAAACUAAUAGCAAUAGUAAUCACAAUAAUUAAAAUAAUAAGAAACCAAUGUAAAACAUAAAAAUAAUAAUAUUAGAAAACAACCAAGUCUAAUGGAAUAACCUAUGAAUAUGCAAGAAAAAAGAGCUUUAGUAUCGAAUAUUAAUAGUUUGCCUCCAGAGCAUCUUAGGGGUGUUUGGGAAAUAGUAUCAGAUGGGUUAAAGAUCUAAGAAUAAAAUGAUGAAUUAGAAUUUGAUAUUGAUACUUUACCAGUAAAGAAGACAAGAUAGCUGGAGAAAUACGUGAACACAAAAUUAGAAUAUUUGAAAAAACAAUAAAGUAAAAAGGCAGCAGAAGACAAUAAAAAUUAAGAAAAAAAUGAUAGAAUUGUAUAAAUUGAAAACUAUUUUAGGUACAUGCUGCUAAUAAUACGUAUAAUCAUGCUCCAUAGCCAGUUUCACAAUUAAAAUAAACUGACACUGGAGACAGUUCUUUUAGCAGUGAUGCUGAGGAAUCUGUUUGAGUAUUUUUUUUAUUUUUGUUUUUUGAUAAAUUUCAUUAAAAAUUAA